AUCCCGGCAGAAACUUCAACCAGGAAAACAAAAAGAUUAAUAAAUAAAUAUAUGCAACUACCCUCUGCCUUUGAGGUAGAUGCUGGCGUGUUAACUUCGUCCAGUGUGCAAGGGGCCAGUCGCUUCUUGUGCAACCCAGAAGCCGAGGAAGGAGGGAAAUCUAAAGUCGUGUCCGGGAUUGACCCAACAGUUUGGAAAGUUUGACUCCGGAGUGUGUUUUUUUUGCACAUGUCAUGGCUUGAAAAUGUUUGUACUUCUAAAGGGAGCGUGAUCGGCCAGUUGAGCGCAUUUAGUGGCAGUACUGGUGCCGACUGCGGAAGUAGGGAGAGGGAGAGGGCGGCCCGGAGCAGCGUGAGUGAGCGCCGAGGAAUCCCGGGGCCGGCACGGCGCUUCCCGAUCCGCAGACCAAGUUGGACAAGCAGGGUGAAACCACUCUGCUGACGAGGACUUUCGUGGAACUGCUAUCUAACUUCUCCGUGGGCAGAAAGCGAUGGAGGUGCAUGCACCCGGGACCGGCACUACACCUUUGCCUUCUGGGGAAUAAUGACAAGAAAAAGAAGUCUGUACGUGCUCAAACAACAAGUGCUGGAAGAGCACUUCCGGGUUUUCGCGAUUCAAGCAAAAGACCCAAAUCAAAAGCACCAGCACCUCCAACAUUUUCCACGCAUGUUGAGAGCUCUUCCGUAACUAAAAGCCAAGAGCAUGGAAGUUUAACCAUGGAACAGAAAGGCAAUGUUGUGAAUUCACACAUGGAUUUAACUGUCGUUCUGCCAGGCGGGGAAGAGCGAUCCACCAGUGUAAAUGGAAGCAAACCUAUGAGGGAUUUGGUGAUUUUCCUUUGUGGCAAAUAUCACUUAAAUCCAUCAAGCCACACCAUUGAAUUGGUGGGAAAAGAGAAGAGUCAAAUCCUGUUCAAACCCAGCAUGCUGAUAGGCACAUUGGAAGUUGAGAAAGUUAUUCUGAAGGAGAAAAAUGUGGAAGAGAAAAAGAAACACACAUCAGUGGUACCUGAGCAAACAGUGCGAGUGGUAAUAAACUACAGGAAAACACAGAAAACCAUCGUACGAGUUAGUCCAUUUGUUCCCCUUCAAGAACUGAUUCCUGUUAUCAGCAAUAAGUGUGAAUUUGAUCCAAGCAGCACUAUUUUAGUGAAAGACUUUGAACAUUUGGAACCGUAUGAUUUGACAAAAACUCUCAAUGAACUUGGUCUGCGAGAAGUGUGCGCAGUGGAUACCAGUGUAGAACAUCCCCAGCCUGAUUUUCAAGGUGGAUCCUAUCAGCAAGAACAGCCGCUGGUUUCAGGAAAUUCAAAUCUGGAGAAGGAAAACAAAGGCUUCUUCAACAUUUUUAGGCUGAGUAAGAAGAAACGGGAAAAACCAACAAGUGCUCCAGCAACCCCAUUAAUAAGUCCACAGAGACCAUUUGGCAUGAGCAGUUCGAGCGCCUAUUGCCCUACGUAUGAAUCUAACACGUUACCAUCAGACCUGCCAAAGAAAAGACGAGCCCCUGCCCCACCACAGAACGCUCCACAGACUCUUCCGAGAGAAUCAAGUCAGAAAGCAUCAGCCAGACCCAUGUCUUGUGUUUUCUCAGAUGUUCCCGUCAGCGCACAGGAUGUGCCAGGUCGAUGCAGACAAAGAGCAGGGUCACUGCCACACAGUGAUGUUACCACAUCAAGUAACCCAGCUAUAAAAAAGAAACGAAAGGCUCCACUGCCUCCAAGCAAAGCACCUGAAGACCAGAAGAUCCCAGAUACUGAUCAGGGAACUAGCCCGACAUCUGAUCCUGCAGAUAAGACUUUUGCUGCUAGAUUAUCACCUACAUUAUCUGAAGAUCAAGCUGUUGUUGGACCUGAAUGUAACCUUGAAGAGAUUGUUGAAAUGGAGGAGGCAAGAGCUCCAGACUCUGAAGGAGUUGCUCAGAAGGAAAAGGCACAGAGUCCACAAGUCGCCUUAGAUUAUUCAGCAGAAAAUGCACAGGCACCUGUGCCUGACAACUCGGCUGUUGCGACAUCUCCGACAACUGAUAAGCUCACCGAGGUGAAAUCGGAGAACAGGGUAAGUGCAGCUGGAAACACCGCCAAUCAAACAGCAAUGGAAAAGGAUAACAAUUCACUGAUGGAAAAUGCAGAUAAGAAUAUUUCAGCAAUAAACAGUCAUGCUGAAGAAAAUUUAAUCCACGAAAUGCAUCAGAAAGCUUCUGAUGAAACACCAGCCACUUCCUGCUUGACUCCAUCAGAAAUGGGAACAUUGACUGAGGCAGAUACAACUAGAGGUGUGACAACCGAUCUUCCUGCACAAGAUUCUAACAGUGUGCAGCUGACCAAUGUGACUGUCAGUGAUCAGAAAAGGAAGUCGGAUGCAACAGAGGUAAAUGAGGUGAAAUCUGAAGAGAUUAUUUCAGAUGAAGCUAACAAAGCACUGGAUUUUCGAGAGACUGGCAGUGCCAAACCAGUGAAUGGCACUCCUACUUCAUCACAUGAUGAAACUUUGAAAAAUAUUUCUGAAAGUGUGAGCAAGCCUGAAGAUAAUAAAUUCAGUUUGCCUUUGUCAUCUCAGCAACCAAAUUCUGACUCUGUUUCAACUAACUCUACAGACCUAACUGUACAGAACCUCACCAAUAAGGAAGACUUGUCUGUUAGUAACCAACCAAUUACAGAACCUUCAUCAUUCUCUCAAUCCUGUGAUGCAGAGCCAACCAAAGAUACGAUCAUAGGGCCAGACAGUCCAACAAAAAUACCAAUAGUAUACAGAUCAGAAUCUGAACCCAAACCUAAGCCAUCCAAUGAAAUUACACGAGAAUAUAUACCAAAGAUUGGAAUGACCACCUAUAAAAUCAUCCCUCCAAAGUCAUUGGAAAAGAAUUCGUCAGCAAUCUUACCAGAAGAUGAAACAGUGGAUCGGCAAAUUUCUACUUGUGAUUAUGUCCCAGAGUCUGAUGCUUCAAAACAGUUACUAAACAAAUCUGAUGUAUCAGAAAGAUCUCUAUUGAGUGCUGCAAGGGGGGUGACAGGUAUGCCUCGAGAAACUCAUGAGAAGAUGCAAAAAUCAACGUCCAUUGAUUCUGCAACCCAUUCCCCAGACACUGAAACGGCAAUUUCUAAAUCAGUUGUCAACAGUGAAUCUGAACCACACAAGGAAAUGGUUACCAGAAGAACACAAAGUGUUUCGGAGAAGAAAAUGAAGCCUGGAUCUGCUUUCCUGCAGUUACAUAAAAGAAGCUCAGGUCAAUAUGUUACCUCUGCACUUGCUAGAAGUUCCAGUUUACCGUCCCAGCCCAGCUUGGACAUGGCAAGAGAAGAAAAUGGAGGUUCAUUUCAGGAUCUUAGUCCAAUAAGUGGAACUGAUGGAGAGCUCAUAAUUCCGCCACCACCAGAAUUUGCUGGUACAUCUGAAGAAAAAGUCCAAAACAAAAUGUCCAAACCUGGUGGAACUUCUGCAUCCCGACCUUCUCAGCCUCCAAAAGUACCAAAAAAGCCAUCUUUCCGUGUAAACUUGAAUGAUACGAAAGGUGUUCGAACUACCAUUACUUCCAAAGCCUACACUCCUACCUCGCCAUCACCCUUUGCUCUUGCAGUGUCUUCAGCAGUCAAAAAAACUCAAACAAAUACAACAUACUCAUUUAAGCCCAAGCCUGUUGAAACCAGUUCAUCAAACCAACCUUCUCUCGUGGACUUUGGAAACAAAGAAUCAUGUUCAAUUCCCAAAGAGCCCAACGACAACAGCAUAUCAAAACAGAUGUGCUUUCUUGAUGGGGAAAUGAAAAAGGACUGUAGCAAUGCAGUGGCAGAAACCCAACCACAGAUGCCAUCGCCUGUAAGAAAAACCAAGCCUCCUUUGACUUCCCAAAUCACUGACCCAGGACAAAUUCAUCAAGCGGUACUGGAUGCAAUUCGCUCAGGAGAAGGAGCUGCUAAACUUAGAAAAGCACAAUCAUUUACCACAAUAUAAAAAUGUGCACUAAUAAUUUUCUAAAUUUGAGUUGAUCAACUUAUUUUCAUAUUUAUCCAAAUUCAAUUGAGAGAUUUGAGUUGUAAUUAUUGUAAAAGCACCUGCUGUGCACAAGUCGUCAGUAUCUUUUUCUUGCACUACAUAUGGCAUUUCACUGGAUUAGGUAAGGUUGUGUCUUGGAAUUGACUGGAUGUAAUACUUAGUGUAAUUGUGAACCUGAAGAUACAAAAUACUGUAUGUCUUAUGUGAAAAUUGUGUGCACUUAAUAAAACAGCCUCAAUUUCA